AUGCUCUCCCACCUCGCCGACCAAGGCGACGCCAUCCUCCUCGCCCCACCCUCCACCCCAACCGCACCAUCCCCCCCUCACCUCCACCGCCUCCCCUUCGGCAUCGACCACACGGGCCCCGCGACCGUCAGCCGCUUUUUCGUUGUCGCCGAUGAAAGAAGUCAAAAGCCGGGGGAUAAUACCGCACAGGGAGAUAAAGGGCGGCCGAUGGUCAGCUCGACGUUCAGAGGCCGGCGGCUGCUAGGCGUCCGGAUGGAUGUGCCGGACGGGUAUGAAGGCCGGAUAUACAAAGACGCCCCGCCGCCGCCCGGACGCAGGGACUACACCCGCGCGAAGCAGAUAUCCGCGACGUUCGAUCGGUUCACGGCGUGGGUGCAUGACGAGACGCCCGGUGUGGCGAACUGCGAUGCGGUGCGGGCACUUGCGUGGUUGGAGAUGGCGGAGGAUAUACAUGCGCAUAUACAACCGCUGUGA